GCCACCCCGCUUCCCUCCCCCUUGCCACGGCCCACCUGCCCGCCGCGGGUUAAGGCUGGGAGGCCGCAGCGUGCGGCGAGGGCCGCCGCACAUGCGCCUUGAGGAAAGAUGGCACCUGCCGGCUGCUGCUGCUGCUGCUACUGCUGCUGGGGCGGCGCUGUGGCCGCCGCGGACGCCGCCCGGCGCGUCCUGGUGCUGCUGUUGCUGGGGGUCCUGUCCGUCGGGCCGCGCCCGGGUGCGCUGGCCACUGAGCACUACUCGCCGCUGUCCCUGCUCAAACAGGAGCUGCAGCAUCGGCAGCAGCAGGAGGCCCAGGCAGGCGGCGGCUGCAGCCCGCAGUCCGGGGACUGGGGAGACCAGUACUCGGUCGAGUGCGGCGAGUCAUCCUUUCUGAACUUCCACGACUCAGACUGUGAACCCAAAGGGCCGCCACCCUGUGACUCACUGCUUUCCCUCAACACUGAAAAGAUCCUGAGCCAGGCCAAGUCUAUUGCAGAGCAAAAGAGAUUCCCUUUUGCCACGGAUAAUGACAGCACAAACGAAGAGCUAGCUAUUGCUUAUGUGUUGAUUGGCAGUGGUCUCUAUGAUGAAGCCAUAAGACAUUUUUCAACAAUGCUUCAGGAGGAGCCUGAUCUGGUUAGUGCAAUUUAUGGCCGAGGGAUAGCCUAUGGAAAGAAGGGAUUACAUGACAUUAAGAAUGCUGAACUUGCUCUGUUCGAAUUGAGCCGAGUAAUUACCUUGGAACCAGAUCGUCCAGAGGUAUUUGAACAGCGAGCAGAAAUUCUGUCCCCUCUGGGACGAAUUAAUGAAGCAGUGAAUGAUCUCACCAAAGCUAUUCAGCUGCAGCCCUCAGCACGGCUGUACAGACACCGGGGGACCCUGUACUUCAUAUCAGAGGACUAUGCGACCGCCCACGAAGAUUUUCAGCAGUCCCUAGAGCUGAACAAAAACCAGCCUAUAGCUAUGCUAUACAAAGGUCUAACUUUCUUUCACAGAGGACUUUUGAAGGAAGCUAUUGAGUCCUUCAAAGAAGCCUUGAAGCAGAAAGUUGAUUUUAUUGAUGCGUACAAGAGUCUGGGACAGGCCUAUAGAGAACUGGGCAAUUUUGAAGCCGCCACCGAGAGCUUUCAGAAGGCGCUGUUGCUCAACCAAAAUCACGUACAGACCCUGCAGCUGCGGGGAAUGAUGCUCUAUCACCACGGCAGCCUGCAGGAGGCCCUUAAGAACUUCAAGCGGUGUCUGCAGCUAGAACCCUAUAAUGAGGUGUGCCAGUAUAUGAAAGGACUCAGCCAUGUUGCGAUGGGACAGUUUUACGAAGGAAUAAAAGCACAAACUAAAGUUAUGCUAAAUGAUCCUCUUCCAGGCCAGAAGGCUAGCCCAGAGUAUCUGAAAGUGAAAUAUCUCCGAGAGUAUUCUCGGUAUCUUCACGCACACCUCGAUACUCCCCUUACGGAAUAUAACAUUGAUGUGGAUCUGCCUGGAAGCUUUAAAGACCACUGGGCUAAAAAUCUGCCUUUCCUCAUAGAAGAUUAUGAAGAGCAGCCAGGGUUACAGCCCCACAUAAAAGACGUGUUACAUCAGAACUUUGAGGGUUAUAAGCCAGAGGUACAAGAGCUGAUCUGUGUAGCUGAUCGUUUGGGAUCCCUGAUGCAGUAUGAAACGCCUGGCUUCCUGCCAAACAAGAGAAUACACAGAGCCAUGGGCUUGGCCGCGUUGGAAGUCAUGCAAGGUGUACAGCGUACGUGGACCAACUCGAAAGUUCGCAUGAAUGGGAAAACACGGCUGAUGCAGUGGAGAGACAUGUUUGACAUUGCAGUAAAGUGGAGACGGAUUGCUGAUCCGGACCAGCCGGUGCUGUGGUUAGAUCAGAUGCCAGCACGAAGUCUUAGCAGAGGUUUUAACAACCACAUCAAUUUAAUCAGGGGCCAGGUGAUCAACAUGAGAUACCUGGAAUAUUUUGAGAAAAUUCUUCAUUUUAUUAAAGAUAGGAUUCUUGUUUAUCACGGAGCUAAUAAUCCUAAAGGAUUGUUGGAAGUCAGAGAGGCUCUGGAAAAGGUGCACAAAGUAGAAGAUCUCCUGCCAAUUAUGAAGCAGUUUAAUACUAAAACGAAGGAUGGGUUCACUGUGAACACGAAAGUUCCCAGCCUCAAAGAUCAAGGGAAGGAAUACGAUGGAUUCACAAUCACGAUUACGGGGGACAAGGUUGGCAACAUACUGUUUUCUGUGGAAACACAAACCACAGAAGAAAGAACACAAUUAUAUCAUGCCGAAAUAGAUGCACUUUAUAAAGAUCUAACAGCAAAAGGAAAAGUACUGAUCCUUUCAUCAGAAUUUGGGGAAGCUGAUGCUGUUUGCAACUUAAUCUUAUCCUUGGUUUACUACUUUUAUAAUUUAAUGCCACUCUCUCGAGGAUCCAGUGUGAUAGCUUACUCCGUGAUCGUGGGAGCGUUGAUGGCAAGCGGAAAGGAAGUAACAGGAAAAAUUCCCAAAGGGAAGUUAGUCGACUUUGAAGCUAUGACAGCCCCGGGUUCAGAAGCCUUUAGCAAAAUAGCCAAAAGCUGGAUGAACCUGAAAAGUAUUUCACCUUCUUAUAAGAGUCUCCCGUCCGUGUCAGAGGCGUUCCCAACGUUAAGAUCAAUGAUCGAGGUGCUAAACACUGACUCCUCUCCACGUUGUCUUAAGAAACUCUAGUCACGCUGUGGUAUUUAUACAAGUAAAGGGCCGGACCUCUUGCUUCCUAAGUUAUUUUUUAAAACAUGGAAUUCUAAAGAAACUAGGUCCUUUAUUACUUUUGAUACCAAUUUUUGAUAGGAAUUGAAUACUUGAAAUCAUUUUCUUUACUUUUGGGAACCAUGACAAAAAUCACGGAAGAGGGUUUUGGGGGGAAGAGAGCUGGCUCCGUGUCGGGGCAGGAAAGCGUGCCUAGAGGUCACCAGCCUUGUCGGCUUCCACCCACAACGUCAUACAGCUCCUUCCUUACGGCCGAGAAGCUCGCCUGAAAAGCCAAAAAUCGGUCAUUAAAAGGAACAAAACCAGCCACAGCACAGGAGUGUUUCCAUUCCUUUAGAGAUCUGGGUAUUUUUCAAAGACCUCCUUUAUGCGCACAUCGUGGUAGGCCAUCUUGUUUCCCCUCACGUGACCUUCACGCGUGCGACCCCCGUUUUAUUCGAACGAUAGGACACUCGCGGGCCACCACCGUGCCCCACAGCGCUCACAGCCAGGGACGUCUAUUGUGACUGAUGCAGACUGUGUUUGCCAGUGACCCAAACACUGGAUUAUGGAACCAUGUUUUGUUUCGUUGUUUUUUUUUUUUUUUUUUUUUUUUCUCUGUGUUGGAAAAAAUAAACGAGGGGUGGUUUCUAUAACUCACCGGUUUUUGACACUGGA